AUGCCUUCGCCGUUUGACAGCAUCCCUCCAUUUCCAGACAACCUUCGCCUUUCGCCCAUCGCUGUCUUGGAGCAGCUGCAGGACCUUGUCCGGGACACCUUCGCUGCACCGCUGCACGAGAAGCUACAGUACGCCCUCGAGCGAGGCGUCUCCCUGUUCGCUACAAGCCUGCCGGCACGGUCAAGACGACCGGCAAAGGACCAACGCCCAGACUCUUCCGAGUUCAUCCGCAUUAGCAAGGACCAUCUUCACGGCGUCAUUCCGAGCAGGAGUUACCCGCGCCAGGUCGAGCAGCACAAACCUCUCCUGCAGUCCUUCACCAAACACGGCCAUGCCUGCGGCUUGGUCUGCACGCUCGCCGUGGAGCUCGGCCUGGAGGCUAACGCAUUCGCCCUGCUGGACCUCUUCGACCUAGUUGCGGAAAGCCUUCCUCCUUCAGUUUGA